GGCGCCAUGCGGUUUAGUAGCCUGUUCCUGCGGGCGGCCGGCCCUCCCCUCCCCGGCGCAUCCCUCCUCCCCCCUUGGGCCGGUGGCUGACCUUGCCGAUCAGCUGAUCGCCGGCCGCGCCCUAGUGGUGGGCGGGGGGCUUGUGCCGGGGAUGAGCUAAGUACUGUGAGGCUGCAAUGUUUGUUUCUUUUCUUUUGUGGGUAUCUGAUACUCUAUGCCUAUGAUUUUGCGAACUUUGGGCCUUUGAGCCUUAUUUGUAAUACCAAUAGCGCGCGAUUCGUCAAGCUUUGUUCAUGUUUCGAAGUACUGGUAUUUGUUUUGCGUAGAUCCAGCGGCGCCGCCGCGCUCUAUUGGCUGCCAUGUUGGCGAGCGGGGCGAGUGCAGGCAUUUUUGGUCCAAGAUCGGUCACGGGCCGUGAUGAAGAACUUGUUUGUCUUUUGAUUCGCCUUAAUAUAGGCGGUUGCCCUUGUCGGAGUAGUGGGAGGCGAGCAGGCCCGACGAAACGCGACAGUCGAAACGGUACAAUACAAGAACCAGUUCCGACAACCAUCGUCUGGGUGUACAGGCGGCUACAGUUUCGACUCGACCUCUGAGUCGGCUGCACCUCUGCUCCCUCCUGGCUUCUGGAGAGUUCUUCUGCACCACGAGCAGCUACAGCUACAGCAGCUGCUGCCACACACCUUACUGCAACUGCUGCACAUCUGGACGUGGACGAGCAGAUCUGCAUCCUGGCGGCUGGCACUGCACCCGCUCGGAGAACAGUGAGCAGUGGGUAUGGUGCUAAGGUUGAACCCUGGACUCUAGAGCUUUUGCAGCUGAACUGUGCUAGGGGGUGUGCUAUCACUACGCACAUGAUUGAGUAAAUCAGCGACACGAGAAGUGCAUCUGUAAAUGUAUUGACGUUGACUUGUGUUACUGUUUAUGCCUGUUGCCGUUGAUUGUUGGGUAGGAUUCGAACCUUGAACUUGCUAUUGGGUACUGGUGUGAUAGCAUUGAACGUAGUUUCCAACUUUGGGGAACCCUUGACUGUUAUCACAUUGGCCAUUGGGCGAGUGACAUCAUUCCUGUCCAGGACAAAUAUCUUGAUCGUCCAUUUGUUACUAUUAUCUUGCUACGUCGACCUCGCAUUGAAGUUGGACCUCACACCACCAGGCUUCAGAAGAUUGCUUUGAAUUUGAUAGUUAAAGUCUGGAUACAUUCGCUAUAGGUUGCUAAGCAAGAACAGAACUGAUUGAUUAAGGGCACUCACUGAUAGCUUCGGAUUCCUGACACAUUCCUGAAGCUGGCCACGCUGAACCUAUUUAGUCUACUUCCAUGGUUGUUUAACUUGCACAUUGAUAAUCCAUGAGCUCUCAGAGAUUGAAGGCGUGUCACCCAUUGAUCUUCAUUUUGCUUGGUCUUCAACUUGUCUCCUUAAUCUCAUUGAACAUGGACCUGAAUGUUGAGCGGCUCAAAGUGCAAGAGCUCAGGGAUGAGCUUGAAAAGAGAGGACAAGAUACAAGAGGAUCAAAGGAAGUUCUGAAAGAGAGGUUGAACCUGGUCCUCAAGGAAGAAGCCUUUGAAAUGGCAACUGACCCAAGAACUGCUGGUGAGCUGCGGGCAGUUACCGUGGAGGGGGCUGAAGAUGGUGCCUCACACGUGAAAACCAAGCCACCAGAUGGAGACGUUCAAGAUGUAUCAGAGGUUGGUGAUAGCGCCUCACAGCUGGCAGCUGGACCCCAAGUGGAACAUUCAGUUGCAUGUGGAUCGAGGUGCUCAGGGGGCUCGAUGCGAUCCCUACGUGCACAGGAGUCUGCCAAACGUGCUGCUGCAGAAGUGAGGCUUCGAUUCCUGAAGGAAAAGCAUCGUCUGGAAGCCCAAGAGAGAGAGCUGGAGAUGAAACGAGAAGAACUCAAACUUCAAGAGGAGAUUGCAGAAGCAGAGGCCAAGGAGGAGGCAUUUGCGAUGGCAAGCCAAGCGAGCUCCCAUUCUGGUGUGGCACACAAGUUGAAGAAACAGCAGCCCCGAUCGAAUGGCGCUGCUGAGCUAAACCCUCAACCCGUACCAACCAGAGCUCAGCCCCCUCAACCUCAGCAUGAUGGAGAGCAGGAGGUAAUCAAGAAACUUCUGACCGCCAGCCUGCUCCCAAGACCUGAUAUCCCAGUAUUCUCUGGAGAUGUGACUAGAUUCACUCAGUUCCUCCGAGCCUUUGACAACAGAGUUGCACACAUUGUCCAGGAAGACGACAGUAAAUUGUUCUAUCUGGAGCAGUUUACGAGCGGAGUGCCACGCGACAUCGUCCGAAGUUGCAUGAACAUGGCCACUGGAGGCUACCAAACAGCGAGGUCUCUGCUCGAGAAGAGAUAUGGAGAGCGAGACAAGAUAGCUGAUUCAUUCGUGAACAAGCUGAUGAACCGGCCUACUGUGAGGGCUGAUGACGUCACGACACUCGACAACUUCGCACUGGAGCUCCGGACGUGUGAAAACGCAGUCGGAAGUCUCCAGCAAGGCCUGAACGAGUUGGACCAUCCAAAGACGUUGAGAAAACUGCUGGAAAAGUUGCCCUACGCGUUACAGGAGAGGUGGAGAAGGGAGGUCGACGAUCUUACAGUUCGGAAGGGUCGUGCCGUGCGCUUCUCUGACUUGGUGCGCUUCGUCGAAAUCGAAGCGAGAGUGGCAUCAAAUUCCGCGUUUGGGAGACACAUGUUCCAGAAAACAGGAAACACCAAGCAAAGAGAGAAAGAAGCCAAAGUGAAUUUUGUUCGCCAAGAAGAGAGCGAGAGAAGAGAGCUUGUGAAGAAGCCAGUCUGUCCCUGCUGCGAAGAAGCUCAUACGUUGGAGAACUGCUCUGCGUAUGCGAAGCGCCCUCUCGAUGCCAGACGCCAGCUCAUCAGAGAUAAACGCCUCUGUUUUGGGUGUCUGAAACCUGGGCACCGUUCGAGGGAAUGUCGAAUGAGACUCACCUGUGGCGUCUGUGAAAGGAAGCACCCGUCUGUACUUCAUGUCUUCCAGGUGGCUUCAAUGGGAGUACCAACAGCAGGGGAAGCGCCACCUGCACCAGCCGUUGUGAGCGUCAUGUCCAACAGCGGGACGUCAACGAGGAUGCCGGCGGUACCAGUGAAGGUGCGGUAUGGAGAUGGUCCUAUCGUGGAGACGUACGCUUUUAUCGACAGUGGAAGUAGCCUGACGUUCCUGAGCAAGGAGCUUUUGAGCCAGUUGGGCAUCACAACAGCAAAGAAGUAUCAGCUUACUCUAACCACGAUGGCACAACAACCGGUCGAGCUUCAUACUUCAGCCGUCGACAACCUCCAAAUGUGUGACAUGGACGAAAACGAGCAAAUGCAGCUUCCGGAAGUGUUCGUCAUCGACAAGAUCCCAGUCAGUAGGACGGAGCUCUGUAAGGCCGAGGACGUGGAACCCUGGCCUCACGUAAGGGACGUGCUUCCAGAGGAGAUCGAAGCAGAAGUAGGCCUUCUGAUAGGCGUGAACGUACCAGAGGCCUUUGAACCCCUCGACUUCGUUCCCAGCUGUGACGGUGGGCCCUUCGCUGUCAAAACUCGCCUCGGCUGGGUCGUGAACGGCCCCGUCCGGUCCAGAAAACUGACUGAAGUAAGGGCAACGUCAAACAGGAUCAGGCUGCUGGAGAGGCAACUCUACCAGGACGAGGGUCUAGCAGCUGACGAACGUGGAUGGUCGAUCGAAGACCAUAUGUGGAUGGAAAAAGUGGAAGCUGGUUGCAUCAUGAAGGACGGACACUACGAGGUUCCCAUCCCACUGAAGAAGGAGGGAACCAUGCUACCAGACAACCGAGAGAUCUGCACGAGACGGCUACAAGGACUGAAAAGGAAGUUCCGAGACCAGAGGUUUGCCGACCGAUACAGCGAGGUGAUGAAGGACAUGUCGAAGAACGGAUUCGUGGAGAGAGUGAGGGCAGAAGACCUGACAAGAGACGAUGGACUUGUCAACUACAUUCCCCACCACGGUGUCUUCGGGAAGAAAGACAAACUCCGAGUUGUUUUUGAUUGUUCGAGCACCUUCAAGGGCGUCUCCUUGAAUGACGCAGUCCUGCAGGGCCCGUCUCUCUGCACUCCACUGAUUGACGUUCUACUGCGGUUCCGCCAGGAAGAAGUAGCUUUCAUGGGCGAUGUCAACUCAAUGUUCCAUCAGGUGUCUGUACCAGCCGACCAGCGCGACCUGCUCCGCUUUCUGUGGUGGCGAAACGGUGACCCUGCUGAAGACGUGGAAGUCUGGCGCAUGACGGUGCACCCGUUCGGGUUGAGAUCCAGCCCGAGCUGUGCGAGCUACGCCCUUCUACGGACAGCCGUCGACUUUGGCGACCUACACUCCACUGCAGCCUGUGAGACGAUCUCAAGCAACAUCUACGUUGAUGACCUGGUGAAGUCGGUGACGAAGAUCGAUGAAGCCAUCGACCUGGUCAGGGAGGUACGAGAGCUGUGCAGCCGGGGUGGAUUCCACCUAGCCAAAUUUGUCAGUAACCAGAGGAAAGUCCUACAAUCGAUCCCACCAGAAGACAGAGGGAAGAACGUGAAGCAACUGAACCUCGAGAAAGAACUUCCGUUGGAGAAGACACUGGGGGUUGAGUGGCGAGUCAACCCGGACGUCAUCGGCUUCUCAACCACGGAAGAUCGGAGAAUGCCAUGCUCGAGGAGGGGAAUGUUGUCGGUCAUCGGAUCAUUGUACGAUCCGAUGGGGAUGGCUGCACCAUUCGUCGUGUGCGGUCGUAUCAUUCUACAGGAACUAACACGACGACGCUACGAUUGGGACGACCCGGCACCGGAGGACAUUCAAGCUCAGUGGGAGCAAUGGAUCCGCGGCAGAGGACUACUUUCGACCAUCGGCGUCCCUAGAUGUGUACAGCCAGCUGGCCUUGGACCUAUUCAGACCCGAGAGCUCCAUCACUUCGCAGAUGCAAGCUCUGUCGCGUACGGCACGGUGUCCUACCUUCGAAUCGUCUGUUGUGACGGACAAGUUCACUGUGCGUUCGUCUUCGGCAAGGCGAGGGUUCUGCCCCUGAAUGGAAAGCUCACCGUCCCACGAGCGGAGCUGACAGCAGCCACUCUGGCUGCUCGCAUUGAAGCCAUACUGCGACGCGCUCUGCAAGUCAAGAUUGAUGAAAGUGUGUUCUGGACGGACAGCACAACAGUGCUUCGCUACCUCCAGAAUGAAACGACACGUUUUCACACGUUCGUCACCAACCGUCUGGCCGUGAUAAGGGACGUAUCUUCUCCGGCACAAUGGAGGUACGUUGACUCAGCGAACAACCCGGCAGACGAUGCAUCGAGGGGACAAUUAGCGGACAACUUCAUCGCGAACCCGCGGUGGUUCGAUGCUCCGGCCUUUUUGUGGAAGGGACGGGAUGAGUGGCCUGAGCCCCCGGCUGGACUCGAUCGUCGAGUAGAAAACGACCCAGAGGUGAAGAUCACCAGCGUUGCAGUCGCGCAAGCUGGCUGCGACCCGUUGGAGGAGCUGUUUUCUCACUACUCUGUCUGGUACAGACUCGUGCGCGCUGUAGCAUGGAUCCUUCGCCUGAAGCGCUGCUUGGUAGAACGAUGCCGUAAGCUGUCCGUACUCGGAUCCGAGCCGAAGGCUCAGGAGAGACAGCGGCUUACUGUGCCAGAACUUGAAGCAGCUGAGAGGGCAAUAGUCACAAGGAUUCAAAGAAGUGAGUUUGCCGCUGAUUUGGCCUCGCUGGAAGGGAAGGGCGCCGUCGGACUCACCAGUCCUCUCGCACGGCUGGACCCGUAUCUGCACGACGGGAUGAUCAUGGUAGGCGGACGUCUACGCCACGCACCAAUGCGGGAAGACCAGGCGCACCCUCCUGUCCUUCCCAGACGUCAUCAUGUUGUCGAUCUGAUUAUUCAGAGCAUCCAUGAAGAAGCAGGUCACUCUGGAAGAGAGCACACUUUGUCGCUGCUGCGCUCGAGAUUCUGGAUCCUGCGCGGAAACUCGGCUGUCCGACGCGUCCUCAGUCGCUGUGUCAGCUGUCGUCGUCGUCAGGGCCCGCUCCUGAACCAGAAGAUGGCGAACCUGCCUGAGGACAGGGUGACCCCGGAUGAGCCACCAUUCACAAACACCGGGCUGGAUAUGUUUGGCGUCUUCUACGUCAGGAAGGGACGACGACGGGAGAAAAGGUACGGAAUCGUUUUUUCGUGCCUCGUCUCGAGGGCAGUACACAUAGAAGUAGUUGAGUCGAUGUCUACCGAUUCGUUCCUCUGCGCUCUGAGACGAUUCCUUGCUAGACGCGGGCAAGUUAAGACCAUCCGAUCAGAUCGUGGCACGAACUUUGUGGGAGCAAACAAUGAACUGAAAGCAGAAUGGGAACACCUCUCGAGGAGUGAGGACGUCAUACAUGAGGACCUGCUGCAGAGGAAGAUUCAGUGGAACUUCAACGUCCCAGAAGCUUCGUCACAUGGGGGUGUCUGGGAGAGAGUCAUUCGUACCAUACGGAAGGUUCUAGAUGCACUGAUGACAGAACAAGUACUCACCGAAGAGACCCUGACAACUCUCCUCUGCGAAGUCGAGUCCAUUAUAAAUAGUCGCCCACUGACGUACGUGUCCAGCGAUAGCGGUGACCCACAGCCACUGACUCCCAACCAUCUCUUGCUGGCGGGAGGCGCGCUAUCCGUCCCGGUGGGAGUAUUCGGAGCGGGUGACCUGUACUUGAGGAGACGGUGGCGCCAAGCGCAAUACUUGGCCGGCAUUUUUUGGUCCAGGUGGAUCAAAGAAUACAUUCCACUCUUGCAGCAGAGGCAGAAGGCCUUUCGUGUUACGAGAUCACUCAUGGUGAACGACGUCGUCCUGGUAGCCGAUAGGGAGCUCCCCAGGUCUCGCUGGCCCCUGGGCCGCGUCAUUGAAACUUUUCCGGGCAAGGAUGGCCUGGUUCGUAGUGUUAGAUUGAGAGCAAAGGGCGCAGAGAUACUCCGCCCUGUCAACAAACUGGUCCUCAUGUGCGAAAACGAGUAUUGUGAACGCUAGGACUGUGUUUGACUGCGCGUGUCUCGUCUCAUGUGUUAGUUUAGGGCUGUUGAAAUAGGCUAAGACCAGUGUUGAAUGCGCGUGCCUUCAAAGGGGGCGGUGUAGGCGCCAUGCGGUUUAGUAGCCUGUUCCUGCGGGCGGCCGGCCCUCCCCUCCCCGGCGCAUCCCUCCUCCCCCCUUGGGCCGGUGGCUGACCUUGCCGAUCAGCUGAUCGCCGGCCGCGCCCUAGUGGUGGGCGGGGGGCUUGUGCCGGGGAUGAGCUAAGUACUGUGAGGCUGCAAUGUUUGUUUCUUUUCUUUUGUGGGUAUCUGAUACUCUAUGCCUAUGAUUUUGCGAACUUUGGGCCUUUGAGCCUUAUUUGUAAUACCAAUAGCGCGCGAUUCGUCAAGCUUUGUUCAUGUUUCGAAGUACUGGUAUUUGUUUUGCGUAGAUCCAGCGGCGCCGCCGCGCUCUAUUGGCUGCCAUGUUGGCGAGCGGGGCGAGUGCAGGCAUUUUUGGUCCAAGAUCGGUCACGGGCCGUGAUGAAGAACUUGUUUGUCUUUUGAUUCGCCUUAAUAUAGGCGGUUGCCCUUGUCGGAGUAGUGGGAGGCGAGCAGGCCCGACGAAACGCGACAGUCGGUAAGAUAUUCAUUGAUAAAUGCUCGUGUUGGUAAAUUGAGCGUCUAUUUGAUAGAUGUGUUACGAUAGUGACGCUGGUGUACACGAUAAUAGAUGAUGGUGGCCGCAAGAACUUCUGUGUAUGUGGCCUGUGUGUCGAUUGUGAGCCAUAUUUUCGCUUGCAGAAACGGUACAAUACAAGAACCAGUUCCGACAACCAUCGUCUGGGUGUACAGGCGGCUACAGCGGGUCUUAGCGUCCUGUAUCCGCACACAAUAGGCAAGAAUGGGCCCCUGGCGUCUCCACACAAAUGUCAGCGGACGAACCUGCCAAUACCACUCGGGCGGAGGUUAAUGUGUUGUGGUAGCAAACUCAUUAAUUGUUUCCUGGUCUAGUCUUCUAUUUGGAUUCGCGGCCAAGUAUGCAAAACAUAGCCCGGCGAAGGACUGCUCCGGCUGUUUUUUUCAAUAGAAAAACACAAUUCUAACGAAUAGUGUUUCUCUAAUGAAGAAACAGCCUGCGGUUACCCACCGCCAAACGAGAGGAUGAGCCUGGCACGUGCAGACCGGAGUGGGUGUGCUACGAGCUGACGAACAGGACACUCUACUAACCACUCUAGCGGUGUGUAAAAUUUGAGUGCAAUCGGUCCUGCCGUUUUCGAGAUCUUGAAGCGGCACCCUUCACGUGCGCACGUGCAAGCUGGGUCCCAAUUGUGUUGUGCACGGCACCCUAGUUGCCGGUCUCUAGCGGUGUACCGAAUUUGAGCUAAAUCGGCCCAGUCAAUUUCAAGAUCUGGAAACGACCCCUGCACGUGCGCACGUGCAGUUGCAAUCCAACCGUGACACAUACCAAUACAUACUAACUGACUUGUGCACGGCACCCUACUGAUAAGUCUCUAGAAGUGUGCCGAAUUUGAGUGCAAUCGGCCCAGCCGUUCCUGAGAUCUGGAAGCGUCACCCUGCACGUGCGCACGUGCAACCUGGAUCCCAUCUGAUUUGUGCACGGCACCCUACUAACCGGUCUCUAGCGGUGUACCAAAUUUGAGCUCAAUCGGCCCGGCCGUUCUCGAGAUCUGGAAGCGUCACCCUGCACGCGCGCACGUGCAGUUGCACCCCAGCCGUAGCACAUGGAAAGGCUGGCCCGGUGUGUGCCUACAUCCUUGUGUAGUUUCAGCAGAAUCUCCUCAGGAAUUACCGUGGUAUUGUCAUUACAACAAAAGUGACACCCCUCUGUUUUACACGUGUCACGUGCAGUAGGGGUCACCCGCAUGCAUCGUCCAUAGUAAAAUACUUGUAAGAAGGGUAUACGCUACCCCAUACAAAAAACCGCAAGUGUAUCGGUCCAGUGGCUGCGGAGAUAUAAGUCGUACAAAAACGUCCCCACGGCGGCCGGCCGCUAAGGAAAACUACAAGAGCAGCAAAAGGAGGUAGAAAAAUCACUGAACGCACAUAAGGAAGUUGUGCAAUCCAUGCCAAUGAUCCAGUCGGAGCUUCAGAAAAGUACACAGGAACUGAAGAGGAUGAUUGAAAGAAACGAAGAUAGGGAAAAAAGAGAGAUUAAU